AUGGGUGUGGAUAUACAAGGCAAGCUUCGUCUAGCUCUUGGUUCAAUGAAAGAUCAUGCUUCUAUUGGCAAGGCCAUGAUGUACCAUCAUCAACAUGAUGGCUUUUCAAGCAUAGAGAUUGCAGUUCUUCGUGCCACAGGCCAUGACAAUGGAACCAUUGAUGACAAAUACAUGCAUGAAAUCCUCUUCUUGGUUUCACACUCUCAAGGGUCCAUUCCUUUUCUUGCUGAAAGGAUUUCUCGCCGUUUAUGCAAAACUAAGGAUCAUCUUGUGGCCCUUAAGGUCCUUGUCUUGAUUCAUCGCCUUCUUAGAGGGGGAAACAGAUCCUUUGAACAAGAGUUAUGCAAAGCACAUGUCUCUGGUCAUCUACAAAUUAGUACAACAAGGUGUUUCACUAAGAAUUCUGACCCUUCAAUUGGUUUUUUACACAAAUAUGCAUCUUAUCUUGAAGAAAGGAUGAGUUGGCUCAUCAACCAAGCUGGGAAACUUGAACCAUUAAUGUCCAAAGGGUUAGGAUUUCGAAGCUAUGAUGAGAAUUCCAUUGAUAUGGUAUUUCGUACAUUGCCUAAAUACCAAGUGCUUAUUGAUAAGGUGUUAGAAUUUUCCCCACAUGAUGUUUUGCUCUCAGAUCAUAGCUUGGCUCAAGUUGCUAUGAGUAACAUUUUGAGAGAAAGUUUCCAAGUUUAUAUGACAUUUUCUGAAGGCAUUGCAGCUCUUAUCAACAUGUUUUUUGAUCUAAAUUCAUCAGCCAAAGGCCUAGCAUGUGAAAUUCUCAAGAAAGCUUCUCUGCAAAGCCAAAAGCUUCAUGAUCUGUAUGAAAGUUGCAAACAAGUGGUUGAAAACAAGAAUUUGGAGUACCCUUUUGUUAAAAUAAUCAGUAUGAGUCAUAUAGUGGCAUUGGAUCAAUUUGGUUGCCAACAAAAUCAAAUUGCAUCUUCACAUGUCGCUCUAUCAAGCAACUUUAAAAGAUCAACAGAGAUAGAGUUUGAAGUUGCAGCAAAAGAAAGCAAAAAGAAAGAAGAGAAAAUUGAUAUAAAUUUGUCACCAACUCCAACUCUUUUUUCAUGGACACUAGAGACCAAAAUAAGCAAGGUAUGGGUGGUAUUUGAAGAUGAAGUUGUUCCCAAUGAAUCACAGGUUCUUCCAGCACCACAAAAGCUUGGAGAUGUUGAUGUUGUUAGUGAUAUAGAAAGUGAAUAUGGUAGGCCAAGUGUAUUCCUGAAUCCAUUUUCAUCUAGUAUUGAUACAACCAUGUCAUCAAAGGUAUGA